AUGGAAGGGGAGCAGGUAGUUAGUGAUAAAAUGGAGAUAUAUGAUGCAUUUACUAAUGAGGAGAUCUUGGCUGCUGCUAUGGAGAAAAUGCCUUGGUACGCUUAUUUUUCCAAUUAUGUUCAUAGAGUAGCUACUCCAUAUCAGCCACAAACUAGUGGGCAAGUGGAGGUGUCAAAUCAUGAGAUUGAAGCCAUCCUAGCAAAAAUAGUGAACGCUAAUCGAAAAGACUGGUCUCAAAAGCGCGAUGAUUCCUUGUGGGCAUACCAGACUGCUUUCAAGACACCCAUUAGAAUGGCACCAUUUAAGUUAUUCUAUGGAAAAUCAAGCCAAUUACCAAUAGAGAUAGAGAACAAGGCUUUGUGGACUCUCAAAAGGCUAAAUUUGAGUUGGACGGAGACAGCAGAGCUAAGACUAGGACAACUGAAUGAGAUUGAUGAAUUCCAUCUCAGGGCAUAUGAGAGAAAAGACCUAUAUAAAGACAAGAUAAAGAAGUAUCAUGAUUGGAGGAUCGAGAAGUGA